AGGUAGGGCUCCCACUUUCUGACAGUGAUGCGCACGUACCUCGGCAACUCAUUCUUGGCGUCUAAUAAGGGUUCCACCAGGCUGAAGAUAUACGAGUAGAAGAAGCGAAACCCGUCACCUUUGAAAGGUUUGCUCAGCGGAGUUUGGGACAGCGCACAGAGCAGAAGUUUUAAUGAAUGGCACGAGCUGAUGAAACCUGUAUUUGCGCGACAGAAUCAAUCAAGUCGGAAAUCUUCAGUUGUUCUGGCUACAUUCUGUCGGUGGAGAGUGGUUUACACAAGUUACUCUAAGUUUUUGAGAGACGCAUUGAGGCGAUACAUAGCAUCUAACCUGUUGCAGAGGAACCUCCACGCUUUGCGUGCACAUUCAGUGAUUUACGGAGAAGAAACGUAGUGGAUUCGGUGAAGCACAGCGGAGCUCAGGAUACAUUUAUUUCAACUUGUAUAGGACGAUAAGCCGCAGUUUUCUACAGCGCUAAUCUCAAACGGGUCGGGACGAAAAUACGGCCGACAAGAGUAACAUAAUGCUAUAGCUACUCUCGCCAAGGACGUACAUUUUAAUUACUCUUUAUCAAAGUAGUAAUACCACGACAUAAUGGCAAGUAAACUGAGGAGACAAUGUGAAAUUUUGUCGGAGAUAAAGUUUGGGAAAUAACUUUGAUAGUUCUAAACUGUUGUUGGACAAGACAACAGACGUUCACGCUACGUUGCGACAACAUUGCCCACGUUUGAAGCUAUGAUGCUGGUCACUUGGGGCGUAUUUAUCCACGCAUUCUUGAUAUUGUUGGUAAGAGCCAACCCGUGGAGCUUCAGAGAUUCAGCGAACUGCGAGCUUAACAGAAAACAAACUGAAUUAAAUUCCUUCUUGUGGACAAUCAAGCGAGAUCCGCCCUCCUACUUCUAUGGAACCAUCCACGUGCCCUACACUCGUGUCUGGGACUUCAUCCCAGAAAACUCCAAGAAGGCGUUCCAGGAGAGCCAGAUCGUGUACUUCGAGCUGGACCUGACGGACCCGCACACCAUCUCGGCCCUGACCAGCUGCCAGCUGCUGCCCCAGGGGGAGAACCUGCAGGACGUUCUGCCCCGGGACAUCUACCGGCGCCUCAAGCGCCACCUGGAGUACGUCAAGCUCAUGAUGCCCUCGUGGAUGACCCCGGACCAACGGGGCAAGGGCCUGUACGCCGACUACCUGUUCAACGCCAUCGCGGGCAACUGGGAGCGCAAGCGGCCCGUGUGGGUGAUGCUGAUGGUGAACUCGCUGACCGAGGCCGACAUCAAGACGCGCGGCGUGCCCGUGCUGGACCUUUACCUAGCCCAGGAGGCCGAGCGCAUGCGCAAGGGGACGGGCGCCGUGGAGAUGGUGGAGGAGCAGUGCCACCCACUCAACAGGCUCAACUUCUCCCAAGUGAUUUUUGCCUUGAAUCAGACCCUUCUGCAGCAAGAGUCUCUCAGAGCAGGCAGCGUGCAGAUCCCCUACACCACCGAGGACCUCAUCAAGCACUAUAACUGUGGAGAUCUCAACUCCAUCAUCUUCAACCAUGACACUUCACAGGUCCCCAACUUUAAUAAUGUCACUCUGCCACCUAAAGAGCAGAUCACCGCGCAGGAGAUUGACAGCUACUUCCGACAGGAGCUGAUUUACAAGCGCAACGAGAGGAUGGGGAAGAGAGUGAGGGCCCUUCUGGAGGAGCACCCUGACAAGAGCUUCUUCUUCGCCUUCGGAGCCGGUCACUUCCUGGGCAACAACACGGUGAUUGAUGUGCUCCGGAGUCAAGGCUACGAAGUGGAGCACACUCCUGCGGGGCAGCCCCUUAACAGAAGAGGCUCCAAGUCGGAGGGUCAGGAUCUGGACCAGCUAGACUCCUCUCCCCUUGAGCCCUUUCUGCACGAGUCCCAGGAUCAGCACCCCCUGGAGGACGAGGACGGGAUGCCGCACAUGCUGCUGCCUGACAGCCUGGAGCUGCUGGAGAAGGUGGAGCGCAAGCUAAAGAAAAGGCGCCGCAAGCAGAAGAAGCAGCGACACCGGCAGUUCAAUGACCUGUGGGUCCGCAUCGAGGAGAGGUGAGCGCUCAGGUUUUUAAGGGAUUUUAAGGGAAUAGCAACAUGUCGGUAGGCUCAGGGAUGGAGGACAUAUUAGCACAUCAAAGAAGGAGCAGGAGGGAGGAAUUUAUUUAAGAGC